GCCGCAACCGCCAGUCACCUUGCUUUCCCUCCCCUCUUUGCCCCCUCCCCUUUCCCCCUCCUUCUCGGCCGUCCGGAGCCGGACGCCAACAUGGAGCCUGAGGACCUCCCGGGGCCGGGCGAGCUGGAGGAGGAGGAGAAGGAUGUGGAGGAGGAGAAAGAAGAAGAGGAGAAGACUGUGGAGGCGGCGGCGGUGGAGGAGGAGCCAGCAACCUCGGUUGAGAUCGUGACAGAGGAGGUGGAGGAAGAGGCGGGGCCGGAGUUAGACUCUGACUCUAACUACGAGUUCCAAUCCCGGGAGAGUUCGGACGAGGAGGACCGGGAGGACGAGGAGGCCAAGGCUUGGCUGCAGGCGCACCCCGAAGUUAUCUUGCUUCCGCCCCCGCCCCCGAGGUACAGCUACGUGCGGAGCGCGCGGACCUGCGCGGAGAAGAAAACAGAAUCUUGGCAGUACCUUCCUCAAGAAAUAAACUCUUCUCAAACUUUGGAUGCAUCUCAGACGGGGAUUAAUGUGAAACUGAAAGGAAAUGAAGUGACAAACUUUCCCUCUCUGGAGAAAGGUGUAUUGAUCCAAUCAGAAGAUCAAGUAAAGGAACCAAACAGAGAUCUUCUGUGUUCUCCAUUGCUAGUCAUACAGGAUACCUUUGCUUCUCCUGAUUUGCCUUUGCUGACAUGUUUGACACAAGACCAGGAUAUUGGGCCUGAUUCCUUCUUUCACCAAAGUGAACUAGAUUUUGCACCUCUGAGAGGAAUUCCUGAUAAGUCUGAAGACACUGAAUGGUUUUCUCGACCAUCGGAAGUUAGUGAAGCUUUAUUCCAGGCUACCUUAGAAGUACCUUCAGACUUCGUUAACAGUUGCUUUAGCAUAUCCCAGCACUCACUUACAGAGGGCCUGCAGGGGAAGGCCGAGUCUGAUGUCAUAACGCUGGACAAUGAUACUGAGUGCUGUAGCCUAGAUGAAAAAGCUGUUGUGUCCAGUGAAGGAGUUGCUGAGCUACGAAGAGAGACAUGUGAUCAAUAUGAUGUGACUGAUGAGUGUGUUGACUUAGCAACUUUAGAAGAUUUGCUUGAUGAUCUUUGUGACAGCUCCUUGCACUUGGAACCCACUUUACAACAACCAUCUGAGGAGGACAGCAAUUUUGAAAAGCUUGUAGGUCAUUCUAAUCUGGGCAUUAAUCAGUCUUUUUCAUCUGUAUUGCCUCCAUUUAUUCUUCAUGAGCCAACCCGAGAGUCAGAACAUCGUUCUUCAAAUCUCAGAAUGUUGCGAUUCUCUCCUGACACUGUCCCAAAGAGUCUCAAACAUUUAUCAGGAGACACCUCUCAAGAAGACAUAGCUGAAAUUAUUCAGUCCAAGUUGCAAUCAGGUAUUACUACUUCUGGAGAUUCAGACAUUGGAUCCCAUUUAUCCUUGUCCUCCGAGGACUUGCCUCAGUUGGCUGUAAGUUCUCACAAAAAUACUACUGGUCAGCCCAUCAAUACUCUUAACCAAAAGGCCUUGCCAGACAGUCAUCAAACUGCAGCAAGUCUGAAAGUCUCACAUAUUACCGAACUAGCUGAGCAGAAGACUGGCAUACCAACAGAACCUCCUCUUUCCUACUCACGUGUGGAGAAGCCCAAUAUUUUGUACCAACAGGGCUUGCCAGAUGGUCAUCUAACAGAUCAGUUACUGACAGAUUCAGUUGUCCCUGGACCUGCUGAUCAGAAUACUGAGACAGCAACUGUCCCCUCUCCUUCCUACUCACAUAGAGACAAACCCAGUAUUUUCUACCAGCAGGAGUUGCCAGGUAGUUAUCUAACUAAGGAGGCUCUGAAAGUUUCAGCUGUUCCUAGAGCACCAGACCAGAAGACUGGCAUACCAACUGUAAGCUCUACUUCCAACUCAAAUAAAGAGGAACCUGGUAUUUUCUAUGAACAAGAUUUGCCAGAGAGUCAUUUAAUUGAAGAGACUCCAAAAGUUUCAGGUGUUCCUGGGCCACCUGACCAGAAGAGUAGAACACCACAUGUAACCUCUACUUCUUACUUACAAAGAAAGAAGCACAGUAGUUUAUACCAAGAAGGCUUGCCAGAUGGUCAUCUACCUGAACAGUCACUAAAAGUUUCAGCUGUCCCUGAAUCAGCUACAUGGAAGACUAGCAUACAAACUAUAACCUCCCCUUCCUACUCACAAAAAGAUAAGCCUGAUCUUUUCUACCAGCAGGCUUUCCUAGACAGUCAUCUAACUGAAGAGACUCUGAAAGUUUCAGUUGCUUCUAAGCCAGCUGACCAAAAGAUUGGAAUAACUACAGUCUCUUCUAAUUCCUAUUCACAUGGAGAAAAGUCCCAUACUUUGAAUCUUCAGGCCUUGCCAGAAAGUCAUUUAACUGCUAAGAACCUGAAAGAACCUAUUCUUCCUGGAUUUGCUGACCAGAAGACUGAAAUAGUAGCUGUCUCCUCUACUUCCAACUCACUUAGAGAGAACAGCAUUUUUUACCAACAAGAGUUGGCACAGAAUCAUCUAACUGAAGAGACUCUAAAAGUUUCUACUGCUCCUGGACCCAGUGACCUGAAGACUGGGAUACUAACAACACACUCUGGUUUUUACUCACAGAGAGGGAAACCUGGUGUUUCCUACCAACAGACCUUGUCAGACAUUUAUACAACUAAAGAGCCUUUGAAAGCUUCACCUGUUUAUGGAUUAACUGACCUGAAAACUGGGACACUAGCAGUAUCCUCUGUUUCCCACUCACAUAGAGAAAAGCCCAGUGUUUUCUAUGAACAGGAGUUGGCAGAUAGUCAUCCAGCAGAAAAGUCUCUGGAAGAAUCUGUUGUUCCAGAACCAGCUGACCAGAAGACUAGUAUAUCAACAGUAACCUCUAUUUCAUAUUCACAUAGAGAGAAGCCUAUUUCCUACCAGUCGGUUCUGUCAGAUAGUCAUUUACCUGAAGAGACUCUCAAAGUUUCAGCUGUUUCUGGACCAGCUGACCAGAUAUCUAGUAUACCAACUCUAACCUCUGCCUCCUACUCAUAUAAAGAGAAACCCAGCAUUUUCUAUGAGGACAAGUUGCUAGAUAGUAAUCUAGAAAAUGCUCUAGAAGUUUCAUCUGCCCCUGGACCAGCAGAACAGAAGAUAGGAACAUCAACAGUGUCCUUUGCUUCCUACUCACAAAUAGAUAAGCCUGGUGUUUUCUAUAAGCAGGCCUUGUUAAAGAGUCAUCAAGCUGAAGACAUUUUGAAAGUUUCAUCUGCUCCUGGACCAGAUAACCAGAAAGAUGGCAUAUCAACUGUAACCUCUACUUCCUACUCACAUAAAAAGGACCCUGGUAUUUCCUCCCAACAAGAGUUACCAGAGAGUUAUAUACCUAGAGAUUCCUCAGAAGUUUCAGGUUCUCCUAGACCAGCUGACCAGAAGACUGGAACACCAGCAGAAUCUUCAAAUUCCUACUCACUUGGAGAGAAAUAUGUUAUUUAUUAUCAACAAGUCUUACCAAGUAGUCAUCUACCUGAAGAGGCUCUGAAAGUUUUAGCUGAUUCUUCAACAGCUGAACAGAAGACCGGGACACCAGCAGGACCUUCAGAUUCCUACUCACCUGGAGAGAAACCCAUUAUUUUCUACCAACCCAUCUUGCCAAGUAGCCGUUUACCUGAAGAGGCUCUGAAAGUUUUAGCUGAUUCUGCAGCAAAAGAACAGAAGACUGGAACACCAGCAGUAUCUUCAGGUUCCUACAGACUUGGAGAGAAACCCAUUAUUUUCUAUCAGCAGUCUUUGGCAGAUGGUCAUCUACCUAAAGGGGUUUUAAAAGUUUUUGCUUCUCCUGGACCAGCUGACCUGAAGACUGAGAAAUCAACAGUAUCCCCUACAUUAUACUCACUUGGAGAAAAACCCAUUAUUUUCUACCAGCAGGCCCUGCCAAAUAGUGAAGUAACUAAAGGUGUGAAAAUUUCAGUUGUUCCUGAACCAGCUGAUCAGAAGACUGAGAUCUCAUCUACUGUAACCUCCUCUUCCUACUCAGAUAGAGAGAAGAAUAUUUCUUACCAGUGGGAGUUGCCAGAUAGUCGUCUAACCGAAAAGGCUGAGAAAGUUUCACUUGGUUCUGAACCAGUUAACCAAAAGACUGGGACACCAACAGUACUCUCUACUUCCUACUCAUACCCUAGUGUUUCUUAUGAGGAAGUGUUUCCAGAUCUUAAUGAAGAAUCUUCGAAAGUUUUAGGUGUUGUUGGAACUGAUGAAAAGAAAACUGGAAUACAAAUAGUGUCCUCUACCCCUUACUCAAAUAAAGAGAAGCCUAGUGUUUCUUAUAAGGAAGUGUUUCCAGAUCUUAAUAAAGAAGCUUUGAAAGUUUUAGGUGUUCUUGGACCUGCCAAACAGAAAACUGAAAUACAAAUAGUGUCCUCUACCCCUUACUCAAAUAGAGAGAAGCCUGUUGUUUCUUACCAGCAAGUGUUGUCAGGUGUAAAUGAAGAAGCUUUGAAGAUUGUAGAUGUUUCUGAGCCUUCUGACCAGAAGACUGGGAUAUACAUAGUGCCCUCUUCCACUUCCUCACAGGGAGAACAGACCUUUGUUUCUUACCAGCCUUAUGAGGAGUUACCAGAUCUUCCUGAAGUAGCUUCAAAAACAGCAGAGGUUUCUGGACCUGCUAAUCAGAAGCCCAGGAUACAAACAGUGUCCUCUGUUUCCUAUUCACAUGAAGAGAAGCCCAGUGUUUUUCAACAGCAGGAGGUGCCAAAUAUUACUGAAGAUGCUUUAAAUGUUGUUGUUCUUUCUGGACCAGAUGACCAGAAGAUUAGGGUACCAACAACACCUUUUUUAAGUUUCUACUCACAUAAAGAAAAGCCCAGUGUUUCCUCUCCACAAGAGUUUCCAGACAGUUAUCUCACUGAAGAAGCUCUGAAAAUUUCAGCUGUUUUUCUACCAGCAGAACAGAAGGCUGGGACACGAACAGGACCUUUUGAUUCCUCCUUCCAUGGAGUGAAGCCCAGUGAUCUAACUGAAGAGUCCCUGAAGGAUUCAGCUGUUGCUAGACAAGCUGACCAGACAAAUAGGGUACCUACAUUACCAUCUAAUUUCUACUCACAUGAAGAGAAUCCCAAAAUUUCAACUGUAAAUGCACCAGACGACCAGAAGACUGAGUCACCAUCAACUACCCACAGUUCCUACUUACAGAAAGAGAAGUCCAAUAUUUCAACUGUGAUUGGCCUAAAUGACCAGACAACUCCAUUACAGACAGUUUUUUAUAGUUCAUAUUCCCAGAGAGUAAAACCUCAGCAGCAGUUGCCAGAUAGAGUUCAAAGUGGAGAUACUCUAAAGAUCUCAGCUGUCCCUGAACCAACUGAGGUAAAUACUGGGAUACCAGUACCUCUCUCUGGUUCUUAUUUGCACAGAGAUAAAUCUAAUACUUUCUAUCUACAGGAAUUGCCAGACAGAUACCUAACUGAAGAUGCACUGAAAGUUUCAACAAUCCCUGAGCCAGCUGAUCAGAAAAUGGUGUUGCCAGGAUCUCCUCCUAGUUCCUUUUUGUACAGUGAAAAACAAAAUAUUUUCCAUCAGAAGGAUAUGCCAGAUAGACAUCUAACUGAAGAUACUCUGAAGGUCUCACCUGGUCUUAGGCAAGCUGAUCAAAUUACUGAGUUACCAAUAGUUUCCUCUGGAACUUAUUUACCUGAUGAGAAACACAGACUUGUUUCAGAACAUGUCCAAAGGCUAAUACAUAAUUUGAAUUCCUCUGACUCUAGUUUUAGACCAAACAAUAUGCCUUUAAAUUCUCAGGUUGAUGAUGGGGUUGUAACUAAGCCAGAAUCUUCAGGUUUUGCAGAUACUGGCUCUAAGGAAGUCCAGGGUACAGCAAAUAGUUCUAAAACUCUUAAAGAAAUUCAGACACUUUUAAUGGAGGCAGAAAAUAUAGCACUGAAACGCUGUAACUUUUCUGGUCCACUCAUUCCCUUCAGAGAUGUUAAUGAUAUUUCAUUUAUACAAUCUAAGAAGGUAGUUUGCUUCAAGGAACCUUCCACAAUUGAUGUAUCUAAUGAUGAUAUGCUACAGAGAGAGCCAUUUACAGAGGAAAACUCAAACAACAGGUGCAUACAAAAGGAUAUUGACACACAGACAAGUGUGAAAUGCCAGAGAGGCAUUGAAAAUUGGGAGUGUAUUAGUUCAACAACAAUUAGAAAUCCUUUACAGGAAGCAGAAAGCAAAGCCAGGGUGGCAUUAGAUGAAACUUUUAGGCAAUAUGAAAUAGCCAAGUCUGUGCUGAGGUCUGAACCUGAAGGUUAUAGUAGAACCAUUGGGAAUAAAAUUAUUAUCCCUAUGAUGACUUUCAUAAAAAGUGAAUCAAGUAGUGAUGCAAGUGAUGGAAAUGCUUCCUGCUCUUGGGACAGUAAUUUGCCAGAGUCUUUGGAAUCGGUUUCAGAUGUUCUUCUAAACUUCUUUCCAUAUACUUCAUCUAAGGCAAGCCAAACAGAUAGCAGAGAGGAAGAGGGUGUAUCAGAGAGUGAGGAUGGUGGUGGUAGUGUAGAUUCACUGGCUGCACAUGUAAGAAAUCUUCUGCAGUGUGAAUCCUCGUUGAAUCAUGCCAAACAAAUACUUAGAAAUGCAGAAGAAGAAGAAUACCGGGUACGAACACGAGCCUGGAAUAUGAAGUAUAAUUUAGCUGAUGACCAUGGAUACUCCAUAUCAGAAUUAAAUGAAGAUGACAGAAGGAAAGUAGAAGAGAUCAAAGCAGAGUUGUUUGGUCAUAGUAGAACACCUGACUUGUCUGAGGGUUUACAGAGUCCACGGGGAAUAGGAGGCACACCUGAACCUGUAUGUGGUCACAUUAUUAUUGAAAGCCAUGAAAAAAGAUGUUUCAGGACUCUGACUGCUGAAGAGCCACAAUUGGACAGCCACUCUUGUGUUUUUAGAUCUGCUGAACCCUCAGAAAUGAUCAGAGGACGACAGUGCCCAUCACCAUGGAGAGCCAGGCACAUCAAUUUUUCUAAAUCACUAGACCAGAACAACACCAAUUUCAAAGUUUGGAAUUCCUUGCAGUUACAAAGUCAUUCCCAGUUUCAUAACAGCGUCAGCAAAGGUUUUCGAAUGCCAUCCCGUGAAAAAAUGGACCCCCGGCUGUCAGAAUUAGUAGAACCUGCUUGUGUGGAUUUUCAUUCUUCGACACAAAUACCUACCCCCGAACCCAUGAGAGAGUUUACUACCUCCAUCACAUUUUCAUCUCACCGACAUUCUAAACGCAUUUCAGAUUCCUCUGUUUUUAAGGUUGGUGUUACUGAAAGUCAAGGUACUGGAGCAUCUGUGGGGGUAUUUAAUUCUAAUGUCACUGAAGAGCAAACUCCUCCUAGAAAUCUUAAACAGAAAACCACUUCCCCUUCACUUAAAACACUUAAUCAUUCACCAGAUAAAGAUGUGACUAUUGUACCAGAAGGUAAUAGGCAAAGUGAAAAAUUACCUGUUGAAUUUGAGCAUUCUCAUCAAGAAGAAAAACUCUUAGAAAGAUCAGAUUUUAAAGUCAGCCCUUCUGAGCCCAGUAGCAGUGCAAAUUGUAGCAAUUUCAAGGAAGUUCAAUUUUCUGAUAACCAUACCCUCAUUAGCAUGAGCAGACCAAAUUCCACACUAGGAGUAAAAGAGAAGAAUAUAACUGUAACUCCAGAUCUUCCUUCAGUCAUUUUUCUUGAACAACGAGAGCUUUUUGAGCAAAGUAAAGUCCCGCAUGCAGAUCACCAUGUGAGAAAACAUCAUUCUCCAUUUUGUCCAAACAUUCCUUCUUGCAUUUUUCUUGAACAACGAGAACUCUUCAAACAAAGCAAACCCCCACAUAUCGACCAUCCGAUGAGAGAAAACCAUUCUUCCUUUCCCCAUUGUCAGGAAUAUAUAGCUUCAGAUCCUCCUUCCAUUUUUCUUGAACAGCGUCAAAGCAAAGCCCCAAGUGUAGAUGACCACAUGAGGAAAGAUCAUUUUUCUCUUUCUCAAGGUCAGGAUUGUUUAGUAGAAAAGAACAAACAUAUGCCUCAGUCACACAUUUCUAAUAUAAAUGUUGAAGCUAAGUGCAAUAAUGUGAUCUACCAGUUACCUCCUGAUCACUGUACAUUAGCAACAUCUGCAUCUGCUCCACCUUCAAAUAAAAAAGCACUUUCCUGUGUUCGUAUAACUCUUUGUCCCAAGACUCCUUCCAAGUUGGAUAGUGGAACCUUACAUAAAAGAUUUUAUUCAUUGGACUCUGCUUCUAAAACAAGGUUGAAUAGUGAGUUUAACUCUGAUCUGCAAGCUAUAUCUUCAAGUUCAUUGGAACCAACCUCCAAAUUAUUGACCCGUAAAUCUGUAGCACAGAAUCAAGGAUCUUUAGGUUUUCUAGCACCUAAAUCUCCUCUGGACUUACAAGUUGCACAGUCUCCUCUUCCAGAUAGUAAUUCUAUUGCUCAGGAUUUGAAAACUGUACCUUCUCAGAAUAGCCAGAUAACAACCUCAAGGCAAAUACAAGUGAACAUUUCACAUUUGGAAGGAUAUUCCAAACCAGAAGGGACUCCGGUAUGUGCAGAUUGUUCACCAGAACGGAGUAAGACCCAAUUUUCUGCCUUCUCUGGAAAGUUAUCGUCUGAUGCAGUCACUCAGAUAACAACAGAAAGUCCAGAAAAGACCACAUUUUCAUCUGAGAUUUUUGUUAAUGCUGAAGAUUAUGGACAUGAAAUUCUAGAGCCCACUAUCAGAAAGCUACAGAAAGUUCCUGUCAGGUUUGCUUCAUCAUCUUCUGUGCAACAGAUUACUUCUAAUCAUGGCACAGAUGCCCAGCCUCUACUAUUGCCAUAUAAGCCAUCUGGUAGUCCAAAAAUGUACUAUGUUCCACGACUACAAAGAGUUCCUCCAGUUCUGGAUUCCAAAUCGGACACCACCAUUGAGAGCUCACAUUCAGGAUCCAAUGAUGCUGUUGCUCCGGUCUUUCCAGCCCAGGUGCUAGGCACAAGAGACGAUGACCUCCCAUCCACUGUGAACAUUAAACAUAAGGAAGGGAUCUACAGUAAGAGAGCAGUAACUAAGGCAUCCUUGUCAGUGGGGAAAAAAACCUCUCAGAAAGAUAAAUCAGAAGCCUCAGUUCAAGUGACCAUUAUUGGAGAUGAGAACCUCUCAGACAAAAAACAGAAAGAAGAUAUCUUCAGUCAAAGAGUAAUGACUAAGACUGCCUGGCCUGAAGAAAAAGAAUCCUUGCAAAAAGUCACUGCAGGUUCCAGUGAUGCUGCUCCUGCAGCGGACUCAGCUCAAGUACAAGACACAAAGACUGAAAGCAUACCUGACACUAAAGCCACUAAACAGAAUGAGAUCCAUAUUAAGGGGACCAGUCCUAAAGAAGCCUGGACGGAGGAGAAAGAAUCCUUACACAUAGAUAUUUCAGAGUCUGAAUGUCAUUCUGAAUUUGAAAAUACCACUCAUUCUGUCUUGAGGUCAGCCAAGUUUUACUUUCAUCACCCAGUGCACCUACCAAGUGAUCAAGAUACUUGCCAUGAGUCUUUGGGAAAGAAUGUUUUGAUGGAGCAAUCUUGGAAAGAUUUUUUUCAGCAUCAUUCAGACAAGCAUAAAGAACACACUUGUCUUUCUCCCCCUUAUCAAAAUAUGGACAAGACUAACACAGAUUAUACUAGAAUAAAGAGCCUCAGCAUCAAUGUGAAUUUGGGUGACAAAGAAGUGAUACAUACUACUAAAAGUCAGGGCAAAGAUCGUCCAAAAAGUACUGUACAGAUUAGUGAUUCACAAAAGAACUGUAAGAUCACCUCAGAGCUAACAACUCAGCACACUGUGAGUUUGAAUGAACUCUGGAACCAGUAUCAGGAGCGACAGAGGCAGCAGAAACCUCCUGGUGUUCGUGACAGGACAGAGCUAUCCUUAGUGGAACGACUUGAUCGGUUGGCUAAACUUCUUCAGAAUCCCAUUACACAUUCUCUCCAAGCCUCAGAAAGUAUGCAGGAUGAUAGCAGAGGGGAGCAAAACAUUAAAGAAUGGAAUGGUAAACAGCAACAGCCAAAAAGCAAACUUCAGAAGAAGCGGUAUAAAAGCCCAGAGAAAGGGCAUAAAAACAUAGGUGAUCUUAAAAAACACAAGGUACUUUCUGAUCACCAAACUGGGGUGCCCAACCAGAUUAAAAUUGAGCAGUUUAAAUUUGAUAAAUAUAUUCUGAAAAGACAGCCAUGUUUUAAUUAUAUCAGCAGCACUUCUUCAGAUUCUCGGCCCUCAGAGGAAAGUGGAUUGCUCACAGAUACUCCUACCAACAUUCUUUCUACCACCACUUCUGUGGACUCGGAUAUAUUGACCCAAACAGAUAGAGAGGUGGCUUUGCAUGAAAGGAGUAGCUCCAUUUCCACCAUUGACACUGCCCGAUUGAUCCAAGCUUUUGGCCAUGAAAGAGUAUGUUUGUCACCCAGACGAACUAAAUUAUAUAGUAGCAUCACCAACCAACAGCGGAGAUAUCUUGAGAAGCGGUGCAAGCACAACAAGAAAGCAUUCAAUACAGGACACCCCCAAAUGACUUCUGAGCACACCAGAAGUAGACACAUCCAGGUGGCACACAAUAUUUCUUCUGACUCUGUUUCAUCUGCCAGUAGCUUCUUGAGUUUGAGCUCUACUCUUUGCAGUGAGAAUAAUGGGUACAUGUUAAACAAGGGCAUACAGGCAGGUAAUUUGGAGAUUGUGACGGGUGCCAAAAAACACACUCGUGAUGUUGGAGUGACUUUCCCAACUCCUAGUUCCAGUGAGGCUAGAUUAGAAGAGGACAGUGAUGUGACUUCUUCAUCAGAAGAAAAAAUUGAAGAGAAACAGCUCUUUACCGAUUAUUUUGAGGACAAAAAGUUAAGGAAGAACAAGCCAAAUUCCUAUGAAGGAGUUUCAUGGUUUGUCCCUGUGGAAAAUGUGAAAUCUAGAUCCAAGAAGGAAAACGUGCCCAAGAUUUAUGGUCCUGGUGUCUCCUGGUUUGAACCAGUUACCAAAACGAAACCCUGGCGGGAGCCACUUCGUGAACAGAACUGUCAGGGACAGCACAUGGAUGGUCAGGGAUCAGUGGCUGGCCGAGGUGGAGAUGAUGGCCGAGACCCACUGAGGCCAUUUGUGAAAGCAACCCUACAGGAAUCACUUCAGCUUCACAGACCCGACUUUAUCUCCCGCUCUGGGGAGCGGAUAAAGCGCCUGAAGUUAAUAGUCCAGGAGAGGAAGCUGGAGAACAUGUUACAGAGUGAACGGGAUGCACUGUUCAACACCAUGCGUCGCCUGCCCAGGAGAGUCUUCCUUGCUGCCCAGAAGAAGCCUAUUGGAAAGAAGGAAAUGAUUCAGAGGUCUAAACGGAUUUACGAACAGCUUCCAGAAGUACAGAAAAAGAGAGAAGAGGAGAAGAGAAGAUCAGAAUAUAAAUCUUACCGGCUGCGAGCUCAGCUGUAUAAAAAGAAAGUGACCAAUCAACUCCUGGGGAGAAAAGUGCCCUGGGACUGACGUAUACGAUUAUUUUCCUCAGAGCCUUGGAAUUAUAUUUUUCGAACCUGGAAGAACACAGUCCUUAUUUUUAUGUGUCUGGUUUAAUAAAGCUUACUCUUUGUCCAUGUG